GGGCAAGAAAAGGGGAUAUCGCAGCUCGGAGAUCUGCUCGUCCUGGGGUAAAGGCGCUGUCGGGGUCACCCGCAUCUCCCUCGGCUGCGCCCACAUCUCCCUCGGCUGCAACCGCUCGCGGAGACACUGGCACCUGAGACUAGUUUUAGAGCUCUAAACUAGCGAGGAGACUGGUAGAAGCAGCCUGCUGGGAGGGCUCCUGAAGUACGUCCGACCCUUCCUGAACUCCAUCAGCAAAGCAAAGGCAGCCCGCUUAGUCCGAUCUCUGCUCGAUCUCUUCCUUGAUAUGGAGGCAGCGACAGGACAGGAGGUUGACCUGUGUUUAGAGUGUAUCGAAUGGGCCAAAUCUGAGAAGAGGACUUUCCUACGCCAGGCUCUGGAGGCGAGGCUGGUCUCCUUGUACUUCGAUACCAAGAGGUACCAAGAAGCGCUGCAGCUCGGCUCCCAGCUUCUUCGGGAAUUGAAAAAGAUGGACGACAAGGCGUUGCUGGUGGAAGUACAACUGUUAGAAAGUAAGACUUACCAUGCCCUGAGCAACCUGCCAAAAGCGAGAGCAGCCUUAACCUCUGCACGGACUACGGCCAACGCGAUCUACUGCCCGCCGAAGCUGCAAGCGGCGUUAGACAUGCAGUCAGGUAUUAUCCACGCAGCAGAAGAGAAGGACUGGAAAACGGCUUAUUCAUAUUUUUACGAGGCGUUUGAGGGAUACGAUUCCAUCGACAACCCAAAAGCCAUCACUGCGCUGAAAUACAUGUUGCUGUGCAAAAUCAUGCUGAACAUCCCCGAAGACGUGCAGGCGUUAGUGAGCGGAAAGCUUGCUCUGCGGUAUGCGGGAAGACAGACAGAAGCACUAAAAUGUGUGGCACAGGCCAGUAAGAACCGAUCGCUGGCAGAUUUUGAAAAGGCUCUGACAGACUAUAAGGUGGAGCUCAGGGACGACCCCAUCAUAAACACUCACUUGGCUAAGCUCUACGAUAAUUUAUUGGAACAGAACCUGAUCAGAGUCAUUGAACCCUUCUCCAGAGUACAGAUUGAACACAUAUCCAGCCUCAUCAAGCUCUCAAAGGCUGAGGUAGAAAGGAAACUGUCACAGAUGAUCUUGGACAAGAAAUUUCAUGGGAUCCUCGACCAAGGCGAGGGAGUGCUCAUCAUCUUCGACGAACCCCCCGUAGACAAAACUUACGAAGCCGCCCUCGAGACGAUUCAGAACAUGAGCAAAGUAGUGGAUUCGCUCUACAACAAAGCCAAGAAGCUAACAUAG